AUGAAGAAGAAAAUAAAGUUUAUAGUAUCAGCAUCACCAAAAUUAUAUACAUCAAAACCCAUAUCACCUACUAGUAGUGGUAAAACUUCAACAUCUCAAGAUGGUCGAGUAGAACAAGAAGAGGAUCAAAUGGAUAUCGAUAAUGAAGAAGAAGAUGAUAUGGCUGUUGAUCAUAAACAAGAAAUUAAACAUCAAGAUGAUUCUAAACAACUCAAUGAAAAUAAAAAGAUAUCAAUUUAA